CUCGCUGCUGGACACAAUGUCCGUCCAGCUUGCGGACGACCACCCGCUCGCGCUAGAGCUCACAAGCCUUCGUCAAACGGCGGCGCGCUUCGAGCAUGAAGCGCACACCGCCGCCGUGCGUCUCCAGCGACACUCCCUCGAAACGUCGUACUCUACAGACCGCGUACACAUUCUCGAGCGCGAGAAUGCCCGCCUCACCGAGGAGCUCGCGCUUAUGCGCGCUCACCCAGACACAACACCGCACCCGGCCACGAUCCAGGUACAGGAGCUCACGCUCGCGCUCCGACGCGCAUCGGAGAAACUCGAUGCAAUAGAACAUACUCUAUCAGAGCGCACUGCGCAGUUCACAGCCGCGCGGAAUGAUCUGGCCAAAGCGAAGCACGAGACGGAGGGCGCACAUGAGCUGGCCGCGCAGGCGCAGGCAAGGGAGGAGGAGAGCAGGGCGCGCGAACGCGCUAUGGAGGGCCGCAUACGCGCGGCGCAGAAGGAGCGCGACAUGUCGGAUCUCGUUGUGCAGGAGUACGCGGAUCUGGUGCGUUCCCUCGAAGGCAGGCCUCACGCGCACGUGCAUGGGAACGGACACGCGAAGGUGCCGUCGGCGGGCUCGGGCACCGAGUCUGCGAGCGGGUCGACGUCUACGGUCACGCUUGUCGAUGGACUGCAGGAGGGCAAGCAUGGACUGCAUAAGCUCCUUGGCGAGUUUGGCGGCGAAACGGAGAGGCUGGAGGGCGUUAUUGCCGGUUUGUCGCGAGACAUCGCGAAUCUCCAGGUUGAGCUUCAGGCGGAACGCAAGGCGGGCGCAUAUACCCAAUCGCAGCUCUCUGAAGCCAGAGUCGAACUCGAUAAACUACGAGCAGACGACAAUACCGCUGCAAAGAUGGUCUCGCGCUACAUGAAGUUCUCACAGUCUACCACGAACUCGCUGCAAACCGCCAUGGCCACGCAACGCACACGGUACACCGCGACGGCCGAUACGCUCACGCUCAAGCUAUCCGAGACGGAGCAGACACUCGAGCACGAGCGCAGGCAGGCAUCGCGCCUGCGCGACGUGAUGGACGAGCUGUGCUACGACGUCGCGCGCGAGACGUUCGGCCGGCGGCGCGAGGUUGCGCUGCGCCUUGCUUUGCUCGCGAGGGAGGAGGGGUUGGCGGAGGGGACGAGGAGGUGGGUGCGGAGGGCGAGGGAGGUGCUGGAGAGAGCUAGGCCGGGCGGGGGUGAUGGAGCCGAAGGCGACGAGGAGAAGGUACACGAUGGCGAUGAAGAUGCGAGUAGGGUGUUUGACGCGUUCAUGGGCGUUAUUCUCGAGGCUGAGGAGUUCGUCUUCCGGCUGGACGGCGAUCUUGGUAGGGAAGGCGGCUCCAUUGCUGAUACAGCUGAGGACGAAGACGAUCAGCCGAUUGGUGUCCAGGCGCGCAUGAUUUCCGCUAAAGACGCUGUCGCGGAGCUCUCGGAGGAGCUCUAUGUGGAGACGCAGAAGCGGCUUGAGCUCACGCAGGAGGUCGCGGAGCUGCUGACUGUCCUGCCGGAUCGGGUGCCCAACUUGAAGGCUGCGAAGCGGAUGGUCGAUAAGUCGACGAAUGUGGUUUCUGUGGUUCGUGUUGCGAAAAUGGCAAACCCUCCUUCGCUCGGUGGAGAAGAGCCUGUUGUCAUACCCAAGGAGUCUGCACCCAGUAUGCCUACGGAUGAUGCCAAAGACCAUGCGUUGUCGUCUGUUUCCGCCGAUAUCCCCAAUCAACAAUCUGCAGGAGACCCACACACGAUACCACUAGUCACUGAACUCGUUGGCUCCAGCGGGCCUACUACGCCUGGUCUUCUCUCGCGUGACGCGUCCGAGAACACUCUUUCAACGUUGCUAUCUGCAGAUGAUUUCCCAUACAAGGACGACACCCUCAUUUCAGUCGUAGCCGAAGAUGUGACCCUCCAGCCAGAAGUCAUCGAUCUCACCUCCCGCCCACCGUCGCCUUCAUCUUCGCCGCUACCGGAUAACAUUGUUACCAGUGGGACACCCGCCCCAGUAGUGGGCACGUCCCAAACCAGCCCGCUAGGAUCCCUAGCCGAGCUCAAGUCCGAGCCGGAGCCCUUACAACCCUCCACACAAACAACGAACCCCCUCCUUGCAUCCCUCGCGCAGACCAAGACGCGGUACGACGCGCUCCAGCGCGCCUUCAGGGACUGCCACCUCGCAUUACAAGAUCUUAAAGCCACCCUCGCCUCUAACUCUUCUCCAUCCCUCUCUCCCUCUCACUCGCCCUCAUCCUCCCCGCCCUCAUUUAUCUCCACAGCCCUCGAGCGCCUCGAUGACUUCAGCGAAGACGCGCGCGUCGAGCUCGAGAUCCGCAUCUCAGACGAGUUGCUCGUCGCGCGGGGCCUCGAAACUCUCCUCUCCGUCCCCGGCGCUCUUCCAACACACCAGGAGCGGGAAGAAACCGAGACGAAGGCGCACGCGUUCGUGGACGGGAGCGACGAGAGCGUGAGAGGGGCGAUGAGGAAGUUCGCUGGGAAGCUGGAGGAUCUGCAACACGACAUCGCGUGUCUAAAGCGCGCGGUGCACGAGCUUCCGCCGCCGCCCUCGCCUUCUACCGCGGAGAAGCAGGGAGGCGGGUGGGCGACGUGGACGGCGGGAUUGCUGGGUGCGGCGGCACAUGCGACACCGCCAAGGCCGCAUAGUCCGACGUUUGGGAGCGUGAUGACGAGCCCGAGGCUGAGACAUGUGUCGAGCGUUGGGCAGCUGCAUAGUUCGUCGGCCGCUUCGCAUGGCGCGUCGCCGGCGCCUGGAGGCGCCAGCGCUGAUCCGUUUGCCGCGCUCGGGCUUCGUAUUCCUAUGCCCGUAAGGGCCGCGCCACCAUCUUCAUCGAGCUCGCAUAUGCACGGACCGGGUGGAUUUGGACUGGGUCUGAAUCUCGGUGCGGGGUCGCCUGGACAAAGGCAGCGCACGACGUCGACGAUCUACGGGCUUGGUCUUGGCGCGCGCAGUUCGCCGUUUGUCCUUGGGCACAGUUCGAGUCCUGCGCGGGGGUCGCCGAAGAGCGUGCCUAGUCCUGGGGCUGGUACGGGGCUGGGGCAGCGGGCGGUGGGUGGUGGGCCGCUGGGUGGUGGGACGAUGGCGAGGCGGGUGAGCUCGGCGAGUGUGCUUCCGACUGUGCGGUCUGCGAAUGUGGGGCGGAAGGGUGGUGGGGUGGAAGAAACGAGUGAUGUUGAGUAGGGAGAGGGGCGGGAGGCACGAGUGGUGUUAGAUAAUGGGAUGAGAGAAGUGAGAAGUUGAAUUUGGACAUACCCUGUAGGUUCGCUCGAGGACGAAAGGACGGAAAGGAGUGGAGGGCUGGAUAUUAAUGCACAUGGACUCUGGACAUACCGUAUGUUUAUACUUUUUGUUUUGUUUAGCCUCCUGGUCUGUGAAUACGGGACAGUAAUACUUAGUGGUUGUAUACCUUCAGUUACCUCGAAGCAUUUGUUUGU